CAAAUGGCUACGGUGGUUUCACAUACGUAAUGGCCUUGUUUUUUCGAUCGGGAGUGACGUUUAUUUAUCUCGAUACAAUUCGUGUGCAGGAUUACGUAUACACCGUGACAGAUGGUGACACUGACGACUAUAUUCAUUCAGACUUGGCUUAGGGUUUAUCGAUUUACUCGAAGUUUUAGAGCUUCGCAUAGUGAACUUGGUUUAUUUCGAGCAACAACAAAAAGGUCGAUGCGUGCGAAGUCUUUUCAUUAGAGAAAUCGUUAAUUUUUCGACGGUAACCGUAUGAGUCAUCUUGAAAACAGAUCAUACUUGCUGGUCAUUUUGUUGACAACAGUGGAAUAAGAUAGACAGAUAACAAUUCUUUACCAUUUUUUACGUUUGAACUGUCAUCGUAUCAUCUGUGAUUUUCUACAAAACCUGGAGUUCUCUGAUUCACGCGCCGAAAAACUGGACAGGAGAAUAAGUAAUCAUAAUCUUUUUUAUCCCGAAGGAUAUUACCUUCAAAUCGAAUCCUGUGUGCCUCUAGAGUAAAUUACGAAAGUGAUUUUUUAUUGCGAAUGAUUAUCUUAAUGCGUUAAUCAAUGAGGAUAUAACCUCUAAGAAGGAGGUUACUGUCACACAUAAAGAAUAAUUAAAGAUUGCUUGUAGAAAACGUUUAAUAUAAAAGUCAACAUGGAUAUUGGCUUUUCGUCAUACCACAAUGGUGGACCCGCAAGGGAACAAGAUUUUGGCAGAUUAUCGCAGACAAUUGGAACGUCAAUUUUGAAGAUAUCUCAAAAUGUAUCUUCCAUGCAAAAGAUGGUUAAUCAAUUGGGUAGCUCUACAGACUCUCAAGAGCUACGGAAUCAAUUGCAUCAAAUACAACAUUAUACACAACAGCUGGCAAAAGAUACUAGUGUGCAUCUUAGAGACUUGGCUAUAUUGGCUAAUAAUUCAGGAUCUACCAGUCCUGGUGAACAGAGACAGCGUAAAAUGCAAAGGGAACGUUUGCAAGAUGAAUUUACAAGUGCAUUAAAUUCUUUCCAAGCAGUGCAAAGGCUUGCAGCCUCUAAAGAGAAGGAAAUGGUUAGAAAAGCAAAAGCAAGUGCAGGUAUUGCUCCAUUCGGAGAGAAGAAACAAGAGACAUUAAUAGAGUUACAAGAUAGCAGAACUCAGAAGCAAAUACAGCAACAGCAGUUAAAAGAGGAACAAAACUUACGAAUGUUGGAAGAACAAGAAGCAAGUAUAAAACAGUUGGAGGAUAAUAUUAGUGACAUCAAUCAAAUUUUCAAAGAUCUUGGUGCUUUAGUAUAUGAUCAAAGAGAAGUCAUUGAUUCUAUAGAGGCUUCUGUUGAAAGAACAGAAGUAUCUGUCCACGAAGCUUCUUCACAUGUAAGACAAGCAACUAUGUAUAAAAAUAAACUACGCAAGAAAAAAUGCAUACUCGUUCUUAUUGGAGCAGUCGUGCUGUCUAUAUUAAUUGGAAUCAUUGCUUGGCAAAGCUCUUAA